UGUCACACUACAAUCUUGUCCUUACGAAUUUUACCUUUCUGUCUGACAAUCAACAAUCUCUGAAUUCGUCUUCGUCCACACUUGCGCCUUUACCUACGUCUGCAGGGCUUCAAUACAAGAUGAGCUCUGGUCGAGCCCUACGAGGGAGCUGCCAUUGCGGCAGAAAUCAAUAUGUGAUCACAAUCCCAAGUGGCACCUCAGACGUUGCCCAGAUGGUCUUCGACGCAGCUGAAAGCCACCGAAUGUCCUCUGCAACCCUUCUCUCAGAAUUCCUACGAGUUCCGAUUCAUUGGUAUCACAGCCGAAUCUUUCCAUUCUUUUCUGACGAAUCUCGAGCUACCAUUCGACGCGUCUACUCCCACCCUGAUGAGCAAUCUGCCAUUCGACAGUUUUGCGGAUUCUGCGGUACCACUCUGACAUAUUGGACCGAGGAUCCCGUCACUGAAGCUGACUACAUACAAGUCACUCUUGGUAGCCUUUUAACUGAGGAUCUCUACAAUCUAGAUGCUCUGGGUCUGGUUCCCGAUGAACCCGAACAGGACCCCAUGGACAUUGAACCUACUUUCGAGGAGCCCACUCUCGAGACUGGUCAGGCUACCCAACCUAGCGGUCAUGAUGCUACAGGCAUUCCGUGGUUCCAAAACUUGACCCUAGGUAGUCGCUUAGGAAGUAUCUAUUCUGCAAGACAUGUCGAGGAGAGUCGAGAUGGUCGAAUUCGCGUCGAAUACGAGAUUACGGAGUGGACGGGAGGAGAUGACGCAAGUGUAAUCACGGGUUUGAUUAUGGAAGAAGAGGAACGGGACACGGCUGAAGUCGAGAACGGAGACGACGGAGAAGACGUAAUGCCCAAGCUCGAACCCGAAUCGCCUGCAACGGGUAAGAGGAAGCGCAGAGAGACUGAUGAAGAAGAUGAAAAGGCCAGCAACACUGCCUAGGGCGACAUCUGAAGUACUCGGUCACUCUUCAUGCGGCCGAUCGUCUCCUUGCUUCUGGACAAUACGACUACGAGACAUUAGUGAUGGACGAGAAACUGUCUAGGAAUGGGAAUUAGUGUUAUUGGAAGUACACUCGCUUCUUCUAACACCCCCUUGUUGAGCUCUUGUUGGACUCUGUUGGACUUUGUUAACCCCCUUGUUUUCCAUGGCGUCGGCCUAUUGCUUUUAUCCUGCGAUGCGGCGUCCGUGCGAUUUGCUGUUAUUCUGCAUCGAAGGUGUCCAUACUUACAAGGACUCAGACUAAAUAUCAGUCUGAGAUCCGAGUCUCCUUCGAGCAGAUAAUCAUGUACAGAUAGGAAAUUUUGGUUCCAUGGUUUCGCCUGGAAGAAAUGGGCAUGCUCCACGCCAGGCGAUUCUCAAAUAAUCGAGUAAUUCUCGCCGAGACAUUUAUGCGACGACUUAAGAUGGUAAUCGGCGAAUAGGAGAUGGACGUAAGAAGCGAAUUCCGAACAACACGA